UUACUCGUAUCGUUUCAUCCUUAAGUGUCGACUCGAACCGACUUUUGAUCUUAGGAGAUAAGCACUUUAGUCACGACUUUGCGGCUUGUGGGUGUAUUUGAAAAAAAUAUAUAUAUAAAUAUCAAAAUGUCAGAAAAACUUGAUGUAAUCAUAUUUGGAGCUUCCGGUUUUACUGGAAAAUAUACCGUUUUUGAAGCUAUUACAGUCUUACAAGACUAUCGGUGGGGUAUUGCUGGCCGUAGUCAAGAAAAGCUGGAAAAUGUUCUCAAGGAUAUGGGCACAAAAGCACAAAAAAAUCUUAUGGAUACACCAAUAAUAAUUGCUGACAUAAAUAAUGAAAACUCACUGCUUGGAAUGGCAAAUAAAUGCCGAGUUUUGGUAAAUUGUUGUGGACCAUAUCGUUUUUUUGGGGAGCCGGUAGUGCGCGCUUGUCUUGAAGCUGGAACUCAUCAUGUGGAUGUUAGUGGAGAACCGCAAUAUAUGGAAACAAUACAAUUGAAAUAUAACAAAGAAGCAAUCGACCGAAAAGUAUAUAUUAUUUCUGCUUGUGGGUUUGAUUCAAUACCGGCUGAACUUGGCAUCGUUUUUAUCGAAAAAAAUUUUGAUGGUGUAGUAAAUUCAGUUGAGAGUUAUCUUCAGAGUUAUACUAAAGGUGAAGAUACUGGAGGCGCCCGUAUACAUUAUGGAACGUGGGAAAGCGCUGUUUACGGAUUGGCACAUUCAAAUGAACUUCAAGAAAUUCGCUCCAAGUUGUACAACGAGAAACUACCCAAAUUUCAUCCAGUGUUAAAACAUCGUCCACUCAUAUUCCGGUCAGAAAUAGUAAAUGGAGUUUGUUUACCGUUUCCUGGAUCAGAUCGGUCGGUUGUUAUGCGUUCUCAGCGUUUUCUUUAUGAGCGUGAUCACAAGCGACCAGUUCAAAUGCACGCUUAUGUAACGUUCAAAUCCUGGCUAUCGGCUGCAUUGGUUGCUUUGUUCGCUGUCACAUUUGGCUUAUUAACAAAGUUUUCUUUCGGUCGUCAGUUAUUGCUAAAAUAUCCCAAAAUUUUCUCGUUCGGAUUUGCUUCCCAUGAGGGACCUUCGGAAGCUUUGAUGGAACGCACACAUUUUUCUUUUAUUAUGAGAGCAAAUGGAUGGCCAAAUUCGGAUAGAUUAUUAGAAUCCACUGACCAAUAUGCAGAACCUCCUACUAAAACUUUGACGGUUAAAGUUUCUGGUUCAAAUCCAGGUUAUGGAGCAACAUGUGUAGCUUUACUUUGUACGGCCGUAACUAUAUUAAAGCAAAACGAUAAAAUGCCCGGACCCGGAGGAGUUUUACCUCCGGGGGCUGCCUUUGCAAAAACCAGUUUAAUAUCUGAAUUGGAAAAGUAUGAGCAUGGUAUUAAGUUUGAAAUUUUAGCUAACAAGUAAAUCUUGAUCUUUGGUCAUUUCGUUGUUUUUUAUUAACUUUUAAUUAACUUUUAAUUAACGCUUGAAGCUUUGUGUAUAAUUUUUUUUACAAUUUUUAACUGUUAUACUUACAUACGCAUGUCAAGAAAUGAAUUAACCGAAAAUAAAGUAAUUGAAUUAAAAUAUGGGCUGGCUUCAUAAACGCAUUUUGCAACGAAACACUGGAAUGCAUAAAGUCUAACCCCGCUAUUAUGAAUCCAUACGAUACACGAUAAACGCCGUGGGUUGUGCCGUAUUACGAAUUAAAUUCUAGCGUAUGAAAUUCGAUAGCUACCGUUUAUCGUACAUCGUUAAAUUUUGGUAUUAGGUGCGUUGGUUUAAAAUCUCCAGUAAAAAACAUCCAACUGCCAAAUUCCGGCGAAAUGUCAUCUGUUCUCUC